AUGUCACUGCGUGGAUUUCGGAAGACGGCUCAGAAUGAGAUGAUGGAUGAUGCAAAACUAUCACUCAUUCCUGGAAGGAAGCGAAUCCAGAUGAUGGGAGACAGUGACAGCGAAAGCGAUGCAGCAUCUACUACCAUUAAGCCUGUACCGAUCCCGGUCGUAGGCGCCGUAAAGGAUAAUGGAACCGCUACAUCUCCUGCUGCGUUAACUGUCAAAGAAAAAGAAUUGCGGCUACAGUCAGUGCGACGGGCCUGUAUGGAAGUUGAUGCAAUGUUGCUACAAACGGCUUUGAUGUCUCACGAAUGGGAUGUCGAUAAAGCUAUUGAAGAGCUCAAGAAAACUGCGGUCAAGCGCAAAAUUAUUGUUAGCCCAUCAUUAGUAAAACCCGCGCCCCCUGAACCGUUGGCUAAUGGGACUGGUCAAAAUGAGCGGCCCGCGAAAAAAAGACGCGUGCAAGAAACAAACAAGAGUGAAGAUGAAAGUGAUUAUGAUUCGGACCGUCCUACCCAGCUCGUAUUUGAUAGUGAUGAAGAUAGCGAAGGAGGAGGUGGAAUUACUCAUGGAAAAAUGUCGGGCGAGCGUAAAGGAGUUCUCGAAUUUCUCAAUUCUGCUGUAUUGCACGAGAUGGUUUGUAUUAAAACGUUAUCGAUGAAGAAAAUCGAACUCUUGCUAGAAUUACGCCCUUUCAAAGAUUGGGCAAAUCUGGUAGAUAAGCUGAAAUCUCACCGGUCACUGCAAACAGACAUAUUGAAUUACACACAAGAGUACUUAACGCGAAGGAAUAAUAUAGCAGCGGUCAUGGGAAAAUGUAAGAAGAUGAUUAGAAAGAUAGAGGAAGCAAUAGCAUCCGGCAGUACGUUGGUUGAGCAGCCGGGAAAUAUAGGCGAGGGAUUGAAAUUAGCACAGUACCAGCUCGUCGGAUUGAACUGGCUCACAAUAAUGCACCGCCACAACAUGAACGCCAUUUUGGCCGACGAAAUGGGACUCGGCAAAACGAUUCAGAUCAUUGCGUUCCUAGCUUGGUUGAAAGAAAACGGGCACCAAGAACGGCCAUCCCUGGUGGUGGUACCAUCUUCCACCAUGGACAACUGGGAGCAGGAGCUUGUCAAAUGGUGCCCCGAGUUGGUGAUAUUGAAGUAUUACGGAAGCCAGGCCGAGCGUCGUAUGAUACGCGUAGAUUGGGCGAAAAAUGGCAUAAACGAGGUAGACGUCGUGCUGUCCACGUACCACAUGAUGGGAGCAUCGGGCGAGGAGAGGAAAAUGUGGCGCGUAACGCAGUUCGAUUAUGUUGUGUUCGACGAAGCACAUAUGCUGAAGAAUGUUCAUUCACAGCGUUACCAAAAUCUUAUUCGCAUCAAUGCCAAGCAUCGCAUUUUGCUGACAGGUACACCGUUGCAGAAUAAUCUACUCGAGCUGAUGUCUUUGCUUUGUUUCCUAAUGCCCAAGUUGCUCGGUACGAAAGUGGACGAUAUUAAAGCUCUGUUUCAGGGUAAAGUGAAAAAUAACAAAGGCGAAAUCGAGGAAGAACUGUCUUCCUUUGAAAAAAAUCAAAUUUAUCGCGCAAAAUUGAUAAUGAAGCCGUUUGUACUUCGACGUCUCAAACAGGAUGUACUACAGUUUUUGCCUCAAAAAAGGAAUGUUAUUCUCAAAACACCAAUGAUUGACUCACAAAAAGAGAAAUAUAAAGAAGUGGUGGACGAAUACCAAAAGGCUACUGGAGUAAUCAAGGAGAAUACGGAAAUUAGCGGAAUGUCUAUCAUGAUGGAUCUAAGAAAACUUGCCAACCAUCCUUUGCUAUUGAGAUAUUAUUACUCCGACGAUGAUGUUCGCAACAUUGCAAGAAAAUUAGCAACCGAUCCAGACUAUAAAGGCAAUAAUGCGGAUGAUAUUUUCUACGACAUUGCAUACCUAUCUGACUUCAAACUGUUCCAAAUGCGCGACAAAUAUACGACAUUGUACGACCUGCGGUUACCAGAGAAGUUGAUUACCUCGUCGGGAAAGUUUCGUCAGCUGGAUGAGUUAUUGCCGAAGAUGAAGGAAGAAGGGCACCGUGUAUUGAUCUUUAGCCAGUUUACUAUGAUGCUGGACAUUAUGGAAAAGUACCUGCGAAUUCGAAAGUACGAUUUCCUGAGGCUGGACGGCACGACGGCCGUCACCGAGCGACAGGAGCUGAUUGAUCAGUAUACGCAAGAUCCGAAUCUCUUCAUAUUCCUGCUGUCAACAAAGGCGGGUGGUUUGGGCAUUAAUUUGACCGCGGCGGACACUGUAAUCAUACAUGACAUUGACUUCAAUCCGUACAAUGACAAGCAGGCGGAGGAUCGAGCACAUCGAAUGGGUCAGAAGAAGCCUGUUACGAUAUACAAGCUCAUAUCGGAAGAUUCGAUCGAGGAAGGCAUGCUAAUGAUUGCGCAGCAGAAACUACAAUUGGAGAAGGAUGUCACCGAGGAGGGCGGCAAUAAUCCGGUGGUAGAUCAUAAAUGCAUGGUUGGAUUGUUGACGAUGGCGCUGGGCUUGGACGAGAAGAAGGCAGAAACAAUACUGAAAAACGAGUCUCCCAUGAAGAAACCAAUGGAUGAGGAGUUUUAA